CCCUCCCCCUCUUUUUCCACUGUGAGCACCAUACUCGCCCUCCUCCUCAUCGCUCAUUUCCAUCCUUCUACUCGCACCCUCUCGCGUCAAACAGGCAGCAGGAUGUCCAUAGUGAAUAUUGUUGCCAGGGAGAUUCUGGACUCCAGGGGAAACCCAACAGUGGAAGUAGAUCUACAUACUGAUAAAGGUUUGUUCCGGGCUGCUGUGCCGAGCGGUGCUUCCACGGGCAUCUAUGAAGCUCUGGAACUCCGAGAUGGAGAUAAGACUCGCUACAAGGGCAAAGGUGUAACAAAGGCAGUUGGGCACAUUAAUGACACCCUUGGACCUGCCCUUAUUCAGUCAGGGAUCAGCGUUCUGGAGCAAGAGAAGCUGGACAACCUAAUGAUUGAAAUGGAUGGCACCGAAAACAAAUCUAAGUUUGGUGCCAACGCCAUCCUUGGCGUGUCAUUGGCUGUAUGCAAAGCGGGAGCAGCAGAGAAGGACGUGCCAUUGUACCGUCACAUUGCCGAUCUGGCGGGAAACCGAGACCUGGUUCUCCCAGUUCCAGCUUUCAAUGUGAUCAACGGGGGAUCCCAUGCUGGGAAUAGACUGGCGAUGCAAGAGUUUAUGGUACUACCCGUCGGUGCGGAGUCAUUUCGCGAGGCCUUGCGUGUGGGGGCGGAGCUUUAUCAGACGCUGAGGGGCGUGAUCAAGGAGAAGUAUGGUCAAGAUGCGACGAAUGUGGGUGACGAGGGCGGGUUCGCGCCUAACAUUCAGGAAAACAGCGAAGCUUUGGAGCUGAUCAAGACAGCCAUCGAGAAGGCUGGUUUCACCGACAAAGUGGUGAUCGGGAUGGACGUGGCCGCCUCUGAGUUCUUCAUUGAGGGCAAGUACGACCUGGACUUCAAGUCCCCGCCCAAUGCCGCGCGCAACAUCAGCGGCGAGGAGCUGGCCGCCAUCUACCAAGGCUUCAUCAACAACUACCCAGUUGUUUCCAUCGAAGAUCCCUUUGACCAGGAUGACUGGCCGGCUUGGACUCAGUUCACAGCCUCUGUGGGGAUCCAGGUGGUUGGAGAUGAUCUGACUGUUACCAACCCACGUCGGAUACAACGGGCCGUGGAGGACAAGGCCUGCAACUGUCUGCUGCUCAAAGUCAACCAGAUCGGCUCCAUCACAGAGGCCAUCAAGGCCUGUAAGCUAGCUCAGGAGAACGGCUGGGGCGUGAUGGUUAGCCACCGCUCGGGUGAGACCGAGGACACCUUCAUCGCCGACUUGGUGGUGGGUCUCUGCACUGGACAGAUCAAAACCGGAGCCCCGUGUCGUUCGGAACGUUUGGCUAAAUAUAAUCAGCUCAUGAGGAUUGAGGAGGAGUUGGGUGAUCAGGCUCGCUUUGCUGGACACAACUUUCGCAACCCCAGUGCACUCUGAGCACUCCGCCAUGUCAGUCAUUGUCCUUGUGCGAAAUGCACAGCAAAGGCUCGCUGUUUUGAUCCCAGGCUUUGUUGUGACAGUAUGUGGCUGAGUUAACCGACUUCCCUGCGCUGACCCCCUAUCACUGCGUUCCGUCUGGAUGACUUUUGUCCUUUAGUGUGCUUUUGUCGUCCUGCCCGACUUUCCUACUGUGAACAUUAUGCUGCUUGAAAUGAAAUUGUGUGGAACUAAAUGUGACGAAUAAAGAGAUGGGUGUGUGGU